AUGGAACGGUACUUUCAGAGAAAGAGUUUAAAUCCUCCUUCAAAUAAUCCGAGUAGUUCAAAUCCUCCUUCAAAUAAUCCGGCUAGUUCAAACCCUCCUUCAAAUAAUCCGGCUAGUUCAAAUCAACCUUCAAAUAAUCCGCCUACUUCACAUCCUCCCUUGAAUAAUUCAGGUAGUCCAAAACGAUCGGAGGUCACUGAGUUGGAUGAAAUAUUGGCUAAUCUUCCUGCAGACCCUGGACUUAGACCUCCAAUGACUUAUUAUAAUCCCAAUUUUCGAGAACAAAUUCGAAAAUCCUAUCUGCCAAAACGACAUGCCUCAAACACUUAUGGGGGAGAUAAAGAGAAAGAUGCUGCAUUUUGUUUUCAUUGUUAUCUUUUUAAAUGCGACUUUGAUAAACAAGGAAAGGCUGGAAGCGAUGUCUUCACUAAGAAAGGGUUUAAAAAUUGGUGGAAGAGACCCGAGAAUUUUAGGGACCAUGUUGGACAAGUUGGAAGUCUUCACAAUAAAGUUACACAACAUUGUACAUAUUUAAUGAAUCAGAAGCAACACGUUGAAACCAUUGUGAUCAAGCAGACAGACCAAGCUCGUCUUCCUUUUCGUGGCCAUGAUGAAAGCGAAACAUCUAGCAAUAGAGGUAAUUAUGUGGAGCUUUUGCAAUUUCUUGUCGAUCAUGAUGAGAAAGUUCGUGCCGUUGUGUUUGAGAACGCUCCAAGGAAUCUCAAGUAUAUUGCUCCUAACAUUCAAAAAGAACUUGUCAGCUCUUGUGCCACUGAAACCAUUGAUGCAAUUAUUAGUGAUAUGGGUGAUGCAUUCUUUUCUAUAUUGGUAGAUGAAUCACGUGAUGUUUCAAUAAGAGAGCAAAUGGCGGUGGUGUUGCGUUAUGUGAACAAAAAAGGGCAAGUAAUUGAAAGGUUUGUAGGUGUCCAAUAUGUCUCUGAUACGACUAGUAGCAAAUUGAAAGAGGCAAUUGAGCAGUUGAUUUCUUCAACAAAUUUGAGCAUGUCCAGGCUACGAGGACAGGGGUAUGAUGGCGCUAGUAAUAUGAGAGGUGAGCUCAAUGGUCUUAAAACACAGAUUUUGAGAGAAUAUCCUCAAGCAUAUUAUGUCCAUUGUUUUGCACAUCAACCACAACUAGCUCUUGUAGCCGUAGCAAAGGGAAAUGAAAACAUUGCUACUUUCUUCACAACGGCUAGUAGUGUCGUUAAUAUUAUUGGAGCAUCGUGUAAGCGUCGUGAUGCACUUAGAGAGCAACAACAAAAAGAUAUUAUGAAAGCUCUUGAAAUUGAUGAUCUUGAAAUGGGGCGAGGGUUAAAUCAAGAGACUACUCUCAAGCGUCCUUGUGAUACACGUUGGAACUCACAUUAUGAUACUUUACUUAGUAUUAAUACUAUGUUUCAUCCAGUGGUGAAGGUGCUUGAAUGGAUUGUUGAUGAUGUCAACCAAGAUAAUUUAGGUGAAGCAAAUAGGUUGUUGAAAGAAAUACAAACUGUUGACUUUGUGUUUCACUUAUAUUUGAUGAGAUUUAUAUUGGGAAUCACAAAUGAUUUGUCAAAGGCAUUACAAAAGAAAGAUCAAGAUAUUGUGAAUGCGAUGAUGUUGGUCCAAAGAUGUAAGCAAAAGCUACAAUCUGUGAGGGAUGAUGACUUUGAUGAUUUGCUUGGCCAAGUAUUAAUGUUUUGUGGCAAAAAUGAUAUUGACGUUCCUAACAUGGAUGAUUUAUUUGUACCACAAGGGAGAUCAAGACGUAAAGCUCAGAAAAUCACAAACCGCCAUUAUUAUCGUGUGGACCUAUUUCUUACUAUCAUUGAUAAGCAACUAGUGGAAUUGAAUAAUCGCUUCACUUAG